CGGUAACCAGUCAGUCUCCGACCAAAUAUCCGUCCAAUGCCAAUUUUCAUCGCUCAUUUCUUGUCACAAAAGAAAAGAAGACGCAGACUAAUACGCAAUGGACAAGUAUAUAUAGACUCGAAGCUACAUAGAGGGCUUUAUCGAAUUCGGAGGAUUAAAAUGCAUCUGUACAACGCUUGGCUGCCACCGCCAGUGGUGGAGGAGACUAAGGGAGAAAAACAAUCGUUCGCUUAUGUGGUGACGGCUGUUAAGGAAUCGUACCGACCGGACGAUCCUGAAUCUGUCUAUUCCACUCUCAAAUGGAUUUCUGUCAUUGACCUUUUCAUAAAGGCAAAAAGUGAUGUAUCUUUGGAAGACGUGGCUGCUGUUGUGGAAAUUGGGUUAGAAUUAUUUGGAGUAUCACAGAACAAACUUUACGUCCAGGUUAGAUGGGGAAAUAUCCUAGUGAAAUUGUUGAACAAAUACCGAAAGAAGUUGACAUUGAAAAUUCAGUGGCGUCCUCUCCAUGAUACUUUGAUGCAUGCACACUUCAAAAGGAAUACAGGCCCAGAAGGAUGGAGAUUGAGACAGCGACAUUUUGAGACAGUUACUUCCCUUGUUCGAUCCUGCCGGAGAUUUUUCCCACCAGGUUCAGCCUGUGAGAUAUGGUCUGAAUUUGGAUCUCUGCUGGAAAAUCCAUGGCACAACUCAGCAUUUGAGGGGUCUGGGUUUGUGAGACUGUUUCUUCCAGCAAAUUUGGACAAUCAGGACUUCUUUACACACGACUGGAUCAAAAUAUGUUUCGAUCAGUGGGAUUCAAUGCCCAAUUGCCAGUUUUGGAACAGUCAAUGGGCAGCUGUUACCGCUCGAGUAAUAAAGAAUUACCACUUCAUUGACUGGGAGUGUUUCUUACCAACGCUUUUUAGUAGAUACUUGAAUAUGUUUGAGGUUCCUGUGGCAAAUGGGAGCGGAUCAUACCCUUUUUACGUGGAUGUUCCGCAAAACACAAGGUUCUUAUUCUCCAAUAAAACAGUCACUCCAUCAAAGGCCAUUGCAAAAUCGAUUGUUUAUUUAUUAAAACCUGGUGGCUCUGUGCAACAUCACUUUGAGAAAUUGGUCAACCUCUUAGAACAAUAUUACCACCCCUCUAAUGGUGGUCGCUGGACUUACUCAUUAGCUCGUUUUUUGUUCAACUUGGUAAUUAUGUUCCAGAAACGCUUGCAACACGAGCAACAGGGCGAAGAUAACAGAAAAAAGGCAGAUCUUUUCCUAGGACCAUUGCAACGAGCUUCCUUUGUUAAUGCCAUGCUAAUGUUAAUUGAUCGUGGUCAGUACAGCAAGAAUGAACAUCUUUCAGAAACAGUUGCUGCUGCAACUUCUAUUUUGUCAUAUAUAGAACCCUCUUUGGUUCUGCGAUUUUUAGCAUCUCGGUUCCAUAUGGCCCUAGAGACAAUGACAGCUACCCAUCAGCUGAAGACUGCCCUGACAUCAGUAGCAUAUUCUGGGCGAUCUUUGUUUCUCACAUCAAUAUCAGCUCUGCCAAUGAAAUCAGAUGAUGUUGGUGGUGCUGAUGCAUUCAUUAAUCUCCUGAUAAUUUCGUUAUCCAAUGCAUUACUUGGCAUGGAUGCCAAUGAUCCACCCAAAACCUUGGCUACCAUUCAAUUGAUUGGUUCCAUAUUUUCUAAUAUGGCUACACUGGAAGAUAAUAUAGAUGAUAUGUCCCUCAUGCCAACAAUUUGCUUUUCUGAAUGGCUUGAUGAGUUUUUGUAUCGAUUGUUUUCUUUACUUCAGCACUUGGAGCCUAGUAGUGCACUGAAUGAAGGCAUCCAUUCACCCGCACAUUCAGGAACUUUCUUGGUUGAGGAUGGUCCUUAUUACUUCUGCAUGUUAGAAAUCUUGUUUGGCAGGCUUCCAAAAUCACUAUAUAACCAGGCUCUGAAAAAAAUUUCCAACUUUGUGAAGACAAAUAUUCUUCCGGGUGCGAUUGCAGAGGUUGGACUGCUUUGUUGUGCCUGUGUUCAUUCAAACCCAGAUGAGGCAGUUGUUGACCUUAUUGAACCAAUUCUUCUGUCUGCUAUAUCCUUUUUAAAAGGGACACCUAUUACGGGUUUUGGAGGGAGAGGAACUCCUGGUGCCUCAGUUUUGAGCAAGGCAAAACCUACUCUUUCUCCGGCUCUUGAAACAGCAAUUGAUUAUCAGUUGAGAGUAUUAUCACUUGCAAUCACUUAUGGAGGUCCUGCACUACUUCGUUACAAGGAUCAAUUCAAGGAUGCUAUUGUUUCUGCUUUUGAUUCCCCAUCUUGGAAGGUUAAUAUGGCUGGUGAUCAUGUUCUCCGAUCUCUCCUUGGAAGCCUGAUUCUUUAUUAUCCUAUUGAUCAGUACAAGUGUGCUUUCCGUCAUUCUGCUGCUGCUGCAUUAGAGGAAUGGAUCAGCACAAAAGAUUUUUCAAAUGAUAGACCGUUGAUGUGCCCAAAAUGGCAUGUCCCUAGUGACGAAGAAGUUCAGUUCGCAAAUGAACUCUUAAAGCUUCAUUUUGAGUCAGCUUUAGAAGACCUUCUGAGAAUAUGCCAAACCAAAAUUCAUUCUGAUUCAGGAAAUGAGAAGGAGCACUUGAAAGUGACUCUUUUGCGAGUUGACUCUUCAUUACAAGGUGUUUUGUCCUGUUUACCUGAUUUCAGACCAUCCCCUAGAAAUGGGAUGGUUGAAAAUUCAGGGCAUAUUUCUUUCUUGAUUGCUGGAGCAGCUGGUUCAACUGUUGGUAGCACUGAAUUGAGGGAAAAAGCUGCUGAUAUCAUCCAUGCAGCUUGCAAAUACCUAUUGGAGAAGAAAUCUGAUGACAGCAUUCUGUUGCUUCUCAUCAUUCGUAUUAUGGAUGCCUUAGGAAACUACGGAAGUUCAGAAUAUGAUGAGUGGGCAAGUCACCGACAGGCUUGGAAAUCCGAAUCUGCUGCCAUAAUAGAGCCUCCAAUUAAUUUUAUUUCGUCAUCCCAUUCUAAAGGAAAGAGAAGGCCUCGGUGGGCACUUAUUGACAAAGCGCACAUGCAUAAUAUGUGGAGAUCAUCGCAAUCAUCAUAUCAUCUGUUUCGUACCAGUGGGAAUAUUUCUCCGUCAGACCAUUUGGUUCUUUUGAUGGAUGAUCUUCUUAACCUCUCCUUGCAUAGCUAUGAAACAGUUCGGAUACUUGCUGGGAAAUCUGUAGUGAAAAUGAUGAAACGAUGGCCACGUAUGAUUUCAAAGUGUGUGCUCACUCUUACUGAAAUCUUGCUGAACCCCAGCUCACCAGAAUACACAGUUUUAGGUUCUUGUGCUAUCCUUUCUACGCAAACUGUUCUCAAACAUCUGACUACGGAUACCAAGGCGUUCUCAUCAUUUCUUCUUGGAAUUCUUUCCAGCUCCCAUCAUGAGUCGCUGAAAGAACAGAAAGCAAUCAAUGAGCUUUUUGUCAAAUACAAUAUCCAUUUUGCGGGAGUGUCUAGAAGCAUUUUCAAUUCAUCUAGCAACCAUUCAGAAGGAACGGAUUUUGCGGCUUUGGUUUCUGCGAUUGGUUCUAUGAGUUUUGAAUCCACCAACUUGCCCUGGCGGUACAAUCUGAUGGCUAAUAGAGUUCUGUUGUUGUUGGCUAUGGCUUCUAGGAGUGAUCCUAGUUCAUCCUCAAAAAUUUUGAGUGAAACUGCUGGUCAUUUCUUGAAGAAUUUGAAAAGUCAACUUCCGCAGACCAGAAUACUUGCAAUCUCUGCUCUAAAUACACUGUUGAAAGAAUCACCUUACAAACUCUCAGCUGAGGAUCAGACCAGUGUUUCUGCGGAUUUACAGGGUCAUACCAAGUUUUCUCUUGAAGAAGCUUUAAGUCAUAUUUUUCAGGAGGAGGGAUUUUUUAAUGAUACUUUAAAUAGUCUUUCCCAUGUUCAUAUAACCACUGAUACUGAAAGUGCGUCUUCCGGAGGAAAUCAUGGAAAUUCUUCUUUUCAGAGUUUUGCUGACAAAUCCAUCACCCGUUUCUAUUUUGACUUCUCAGCGUCAUGGCCUCGUACUCCUAGUUGGAUUUCGUUAUUAGGGAGUGAUACUUUUUACUCAAACUUUGCACGAAUAUUCAAGCGGCUCAUUCAAGAGUGUGGGAUGCCUGUUUUGCUGGCACUUAGAAGUGCAUUGGAGGAGUUUGUUAAUGCUAAGGAGAGGUCAAAGCAGUGCGUGGCUGCUGAGGCAUUGGCUGGAGUGCUACAUUCUGAUGUCUCUGGUCUUUCAGAAGCAUGGAACUGCUGGAUGAUGGCCCAAUUUCAGAAUAUUAUUCUUGCACGCUCUGUGGAAUCCAUUCCAGAGUGGGCAGCUUGUAUACGUUACACAGUUACUGGGAAAGGAAAACAUGGCACAACAGCUCCUCUUAUGAGGCAAAGAAUCAUGGAUUGUUUGAUAAACCCUUUACCUCAAACUGCUAGUACCACUAUUGUUGCCAAGCGCUACACUUUCCUUUCUGUUGCACUCAUAGAAGUAUCCCCACCGAGAAUGCUAGCGGCUGAAAUAAAGCUCCAUAACAAACUUCUGGAGGAGUUGCUGGCCAAUAUGACACAUCCCUCUGCACAGGUGAGGGAAUCAAUUGGUGUUUCUCUUUCUGUGUUGUGCUCAAACCUUCGGCUUUAUGCAUCCUUCCCUCAUAAUCAUUCAAAUGAAGUGGGAAGUGGGGGUGUGGACAAAAAAAUUGGAGUUAGUUGGGAUCAAUAUCUGAUAGGACAAGCAUCUGAACUUGUGAUGAAUAUCCAAAAUACUAGCCCGUCUCACAGUUUAGUGGUCUCAUCAGAUACAGUUCUUGAUAUUGGUAUAUCCAAUGGCAAUGGUCAGGAUGAUGUUAAAUGGAUGGAAACGUUAUUCCAUUUUGUUAUCUCAUCUUUGAAGUCUGGAAGAUCGUUAGUCCUACUGGAUGUUAUUGUUGGACUUCUAUACCCUAUAAUCGCCUUACAGGAAACAUCACACAAAGAUUUGUCAACACUAGCCAAGGCAGCUUUUGAAUUGCUGAAGUGGCGGGUUUUGUGGGAACACCAUCUCCAAAAAGCCGUAUCUAUUAUUCUUUCUUUAGCCAAUGAUUCUAAUUGGAGGACUAGAUCUGCAACUCUGACAUUUUUGCGGACUUUUAUGUACAGGCAUACUUUUAUCCUCUCUAAUGUGGAGAAGCAGCAAAUCUGGAAAAUCGUUGAGAAGCUACUCACAGACAACCAAGUUGAGGUAAGAGAGCAUGCUGCAGCAGUUUUAGCUGGCCUGAUGAAGGGUGGGGAUGAAGAUCUAGCCAGAGACUUCCGUGGAAGAGCAUACAGGGAAGCAAAUAUUUUGCAGAAAAAGAGAAAGCAGAGAAGGGUGAUUUCUGGGCAGUCCAUAGCUUCCAUACAUGGUCCUGUACUUGCUUUGGCAGCUUGUGUAUUAUCAGUGCCUUAUGAUAUGCCAAGUUGGUUGCCUGAGCAUGUAACUUUACUGGCUCAUUUUGUGGGGGAGCCAUCACCUGUGAAAUCAACUGUUACAAAAGCAGUUGCAGAGUUUCGGCGGACCCAUGCUGAUACAUGGAACGUUCAAAAAGAAUCAUUUAGUGAAGUGCAACUUGAGGUUCUGGCGGAUACAUCAUCUUCAUCAUCGUACUUUGCUUGAUUUACAUUAUCUCACGAGAGAAGGCAAAUGAUAGGGACAUUCAGAAUAACAUUGUUACACAAUAUUUUGUAUCAUUGACAAUAAUGUCAUAAUUUAGAAACUAUGUUUAUUUACACUGUAUCUGUUGCCAUGAAUUUAUUAUUUUCAAUUAUGUUGAUAUCCUUGCCCUUAGAAUAUUUUGUGUAAACUCCCCUAAACUAUAGGAUUCAUCAGAUCAUCAGAUGGUAAAUCCCAUAAGACGCAGUCUGAAUUGAAAAUGCUUGAUCCACUUCUGGCCACUUUCCCACCCUCAGAUCCCUCUCCAUUUUCAUCCUCAAGUCUCUCAUGCAGACGGCCUUGCUGAUCUCCUGCUGUGCAUGUGCUUUCAGUGCACAUACUCUGGCUCCAUGGAGAUCCAUCCCCGUCAUUGCAGAAAGAUGAAGGGCCAUAGUGAAAUCCAGAGACAGAUACCGGAAAAGCACUGCAGGCACCAGCAAAAUUUGCAGAUGUCAUGCCAGUGGGGUCCCAAGGCUUGUUAGAAGAUUGUUGCAGCUGGAAGUCGAUACGCUUCUUGGUAAGGAGGUGAAGCAUUUCAUCUUUAAAGCAACCUAAGGCUGCUUCGGCCAGAUGAGCAACCUGUGGUGGGGCUAGAGUGGUGGCAAUCUCAGCCAUGAGGUGGGAGAAGGGUUUGUGGGUAACUGGAUCAAUUCCCAUGCCUGAAAGCUUCUUUUUAAGCUUGGUGUUCCAGUGAUUCUUAACAUCGUUGUCAGUUCGUCCAGGUAGCUGGGCAGCGAUUAGCGACCAACUGUUACGAAUAAUCACAUUCAGUGCAAGAAUUAGAUAACCAAUUGUAUGUCCUAUGCAUUGUAUGAGAGUUUUUAGGGUAAAUAUCCGAAGAGAAGCAUGAUAGAAGAAUUGAAACGAGGUAUAGAUCGAUGACUGAUGUACCGGUUCCCAACAACUGAAUGAAGCUUCACAAUAGUCUGCUCUUCUGAAUCAGAGAAUUGGCCGUGUUUGAGAUCAGGUCGGAGGUAGUUAGUCCACCGUAGCCUACAGCUCUUCCCGCAUCUUUGGAGACCUGACAUGGUUGUAUAAUACAACUUUGAGUCGAUUUUAAGCAAUUACAUUGUCAUCUUUUAUCACUGGCCAGGGGAAAAAAAAUUAGGAACACAAACCAGCAUUCUUGGGGAUAAGGCGCCAGUUACGGGUGCCGUGUUGAGCAAUGUAAGAAGAGAGCUUGUUGUCUUCUUCAGGUGUCCACUGUCCCCUCUUCACGUUGUCCUUCUCGCAGCACGGAAUCCGGC